AUAUCGACCGGGUUCCAAACAAAUCCGCGACCUGAUCAAUUCUCAACUUCCGAGCAAAGGAUCAAUUCAAGAUGGCAACACUGCGUCGCGACGGCGGCGGCGACGACCGUCUGAGCGCCCUCCCGGACGCCACGCUCACGCACAUCCUCUCGUACCUCCCCACCGACCAGGCCGUCCGCACCAGCACGCUCUCCCGCCGUUGGCUCCACGUAUUCACCGCCGUCCCCGUCGUCGAUCUCGCCGCUCCGCCUCGACUACCCUGCCGCGUCGACGACACGGUCAACAGGGUGCUCCUCAGCCGCGACGGCGCCGCCCCCAUCCGCUCCUUCCGCGUCGUCGGCUUCCGGAACACCCCCUCAGGUACCCUCAUCUACCAGUGGAUCGCCGCCGCCUUAUUCGGCGGAGCGGAGACGAUCGAGUUCGACCUACCAACACCGGACGCAGACAUCUGUCCGACUCCGUGGAACGGCGGUGACAGCAGAGCGUCGGUUUUCCGGAGCCGAAACUUGUGCACCAUGCCACGCAACCUGUUCAGCAGCAGCGGCGCCGCCGCGCUACGCCACCUGCGGCUUGGCAACUGCAAGCUCGAUCUGCCGGAGGAUGAACGCUCGCUCUCCCUCGGCUCGCUGGAGACGCUCUCGCUCCGGCGGAUCAACGCACCAGAGCACACGCUGCAGCGCCUCAUCUCCGGCUGCCCUCGCCUCGCCGAGCUGACCCUGGACGAGUGCCCCACGGUGAGGCGCAUCUCGGUGGUGCUCCUCCUGCUCCGGACCUUCACAAUCCGCUGCUGCCACAGAGCCACCCGCGUCUUCGUCGACGCGCCGUCGCUGCGAUCGCUCUCGUACAAAGGCAGCAUGCCGACCGUGCUAUCGUUACCAAACUGGGGAGGAAUCGAGACGCUGUCCAUGGACGUCUGCGAGACGGUCGACGCCGAGGACUCGGACAAGAUCCGGCGAAUGAGGCAGUUCGUGGACAGAUUCCCCAACCUGACCUCCCUCCGCCUGUCCUCGCAGCGUGAACCUCCCUUCUUCGUCUGGCACCGCGGGCCGCUGCCGGGGCUCACACAGCUGGAGCUGACAGGCCCCUUCCGGAACCGCGGCCACAUCGCCGCUGUCGCCGACAUCCUCGACAGCACGACCAACCUCGAGGUUCUGACGCUGGUUAUUGACCAGCCUCGGGCUGUCCAAGCAUCAACCUGCAGAAUCAAAGUGCCCAGGGAUGUGCGGUCUUGUGCCAUCGAGUGCUUCCGUCGGACCUUGAGGAGGAUCCACCUCGUCAAGUAUGGCGGAAACGCCACGCAGAGACGGCUCGCCAAGUUCCUGCUGGCAAAGGCCGUGUGCGCCGACGAGCUGCGUGUUACGUUUUCUGCGAGCGUCGUCGAAGGAUCUGAAUUCCAAACUUUGCUCAUGAAUGAGAUGGUGGCAUGGCGGCAUAACCCAAGGACAAGGAUAAUCUUUACGUUUCAGCGCAGGCGACAACAUCGAACAUAUAUAGCCUUUCCCAAGAUAUAUUACCAAAUUCAAUUCAUCGUAAACAACCGAUCUACUAAUACAUACAUUAGCCCUAACAUAGCAGGCAGCCGCCGGUCCACAGUCGAUCACGUCAUGGAUACCAAGAGGAGACGGCCCGAACGCGAUCGCCUCAGCGACCUCCCCGACGACAUCAUCGGCCACGUCCUCUCCUUCCUCCCAUCCCAAGAGGCCGCCCGCGCCGCCAUCCUCUCCCGCCGCUGGCGCGGCGCCUUUGCCAACGUCCACACCAUCUCCUUCCAGCAGGCGCCGAGCGACCACGAAUCCUCCGACGACGAUUCGGACGGUGACGAUGAUGUCCCCCGCAGCCCGAACAGGCGGCUCGUCGACUGGAUCAACAACGCGCUGUUGAUCCGGAGACGCUGCGGCGGCAGGGACGCACAGCUGCGCAGCCUCUGCGUGGAGAUGUGCCGGUACGAUCCGCGGGACUCUUGCUCGGUGCACGACUGGGUCACCUACGCCCUUGGCCAUGGCGUCGAGGAGCUCCAACUCGAACUUCGCAGGCGCGGGGACCGCAGCCACAUCUGCCAAAGCGAUAAUUCGUCAGACUCUUCAGAUUGUGAAUCAGACUAUUCAGAUUCUUCAUCAGGCUUUUAUGAUUCAUCAGAAUCAGAUUCGGCCGACAGCAGCAGCGUCAGCGGCUACGAAUCAUCUGACGAUGGUGCCAACGUCGGCGGCGAUCGUGCUUUUCCGGCAAGGCUCUAUGCGUGCGCUAGCCUGCGAGCACUGCACCUCUCCUCCUGCUGGACGCUCGAACUGCCAUCCACCGUCCAUCUCCCGUCCCUGGAGACACUGGCUCUCAGCAACAUCAGUUACGCGAGUUCUGGGGGAGACAUCCAGCGGCUGAUCUCCGGCUGCCCGCGCCUCGCCGACCUGACGCUCGAAGCCUGCGACAGGAUCACCAACAUCACCAUGCCGCCAGAAACGCGCCUCCGGAGCUUCGCCUUGCGCUGCUGCCAACGCUUCCGUGGCAUCACCCUGGACUUGUCGGAGACACGAGAGUUCGAGUACAGAGGCCGGCAGCCCGACGCUUCUCAGUUCACGCUCGUCGGCGGCGCGCCAACAAGAAUUGUUUCAGCCAAGAUUCACGUAUGCGGCAGGAGGAUCGACCUUGAGAGGCUCCGAGAGUUCCUUCUCCUGUUUGCGAACGCCGCGCACCUCCAACUCGGAUGGCCCGACAAGCAGUCCCGAUCCGACUACGAUGAUUUCUUCGCUCAGUUCCCUCUGUUCCACAACGUCACGAGGCUCGAGCUGGCAAGCCGUUGCAAGCAUCAGGGUGUCGUCCUCACGGUGGCCGGGAUCCUGCAGCAGACGCCAAACCUGACCGUUCUGUCGCUCAACCUCGGCGACGACAGGAACAGAGUCCUCCUGGAUGACCAGGACGUCGCUGUGGAUGUGCCGAAGGUGCCGGUGCCGUGCUUGGGGGAGAGGCUGAGGGAGGUGAGCGUGGAGCAGUACGAGGGGGCCAACGUGCAGAGGAAGCUGCUCCAUUGGUUGCUUACCGGCGCGCUGGUCGUCGAGUCUGUACGCGUCGUGUUUGCCAAGGGGGGAUACUCGGUGCUCGAUGAGUUGACGACCGAAAUCAAACAUUGGGCCGCGAAUCCGGCUGCCAUAGUUUCAUUUUUGUGACCAUAUAUAUGUUCCAUUAACUUUUUCUUCAAUUUCUUGGUUUGUGUUGCAAACGGAAUUUCUACUUCUAUAGUGUGUAAAGCCUAAUUAAUGGCAGGGUUAAACUAAAUAUAUAUACGGCAGAAGCUAUGGUAUAGUUUUGCUCAGCUUUU